AUGGAAGGCGAGGUUUAUCGAGGAAGCUGCCUGUGUAAGGCAGUGAGCUUCAGCGUCCGCGGCAGUCCCGAGAAGGUGUUUAUUUGCUACUGCCAAGACUGUGUGAAGAAUUCAGGGGCCCCGUACCAGCUCUGCGCCAAAUUCCACCGAAGCCAGCUGCAUUUCGAGGCCAACAGAGACGAAAAUAUCGGCACCUGGGUUGUCACUAAGACCAGCAGCGGAGCAGAGAAACAUAAGAAAUUUUGUGCAAAAUGCGGCUGCACAUUGUGGACAAUUCCAAUGAACCAUGGGGGAGAACACCUUAUCGUGCGCGCGGCCCUCGUUGAUCACGGACUGGAAACAUUUUCGCCUCAAGCAGAAUUCUUUGCCGGCUUGAGGCCGUCUUGGGUCAAGAGCCCGGACAAUGUUAAAUCAUUUGCGACCAUGCCUGGCCGCUGA